GAGAAAAGCUUACUAACAGGGAUGUAAAGCAAUUUGUGUACAAAAUUUGAGAGAAAUAAGAUUUUUGUGCUUAUGGAACAUUUCUGGGAUCUGUUAUUUCAGCUCAUGAAACAUCGGACCAACACUUUACAUGUUGUGUAUAUAUUUUUGCUCACCGAAGAAUCCUAAUCCAUAGAUUAGGGCCUAAGGAAUUUAUUUCAAUUGACUGAUUUCCUUAAAUUAACUGUUACUCAGUAGAAUCAUUGAAUGUUGUUACAUGUUGCGUUUCUAUUGUUGUUCUGUAAUAGCUUUGCUACAUUACAGGGUUCACAGUCUGUUGGAGAGGAUGAGUACAAUAAAAGUUGUCACAUAGAGAAGCCCCUCCCGCAUUGACUGUCAAUAAGGUAUAAGUCCCUCCCACCCACCCCUAUAAAGCCUCUCACGUUGACUGUGUACACUCUGACAAAUAGGUAACUACAGUCUCAGAAAAAGCACCCACCCAGGAGUAACUGGAGAGAUCUAUGCAACUGGCAGCCUCCCAGUGAAGUGAAUUGUUUUGAGCCUGAGGCUCCAGCCAAUAUGAAAGUGCAUCUUCAAACCAUCAUCUGCGGGUGUGUUCUAGCCACAGUUCUACCGCUGGUGAAGGGCACAGUUCUACCGCUGGUGAAGGGCACAGUUCUACCGCUGGUGAAGGGCACAGUUCUACCGCUGGUGAAGGGCACAGUUCUACCGCUGGUGAAGGGCACAGUUCUACCCCUGGUCAAAGGCACAGUUCUACCGCUGGUGAAGGGCACAGUUCUACCGCUGGUGAAGGGCACAGUUCUACCGCUGGUCAAAGGCACCAAAGUUGACCUCAACUCCAACAUGAAAAAGAGAUUUAGAGUCUGGUCACAGAGCCGCACAAGAGAAGAUUUCCAAAGCAGCUCUGCAGUGAACUCAGGGAUCCUCAGUGGACCAGGGCAGAGAGAGGAGACAGACCCCUCAGUAUUUCAUUCCAGGUCCAGAAGAUCCAUUGUGACCUCAGUGAAAAGACCAGGCUGUUCUCUGGGAACAUGCAGCUUGCAUGACCUGGCCCAUCGGCUACACAUCCUCAACAACAAGUUAAAGGUCAACAGAGCCCCGGAGGACAAGAUCAGCUCACAGGGUUACGGUCGCCGCCGCCGCCGCAGGUCGCCACAGUCACUCCCACAGCGCUACGCAACACUAAGUCUCCAAGCAGGCAGAGUGAGACUGAACUGCAGCAGAGAGUGCAGCCAAGGACUCCACCUACAGGCCAUCCCUCUCAGACAAACUUGAGACGGGCAGAGAACUGGAAAAGGAGUGUCGAUCUAGCGAAUAUCAAACACUUUUUUUAUGUUUGGGGCUGGCUGAGAUAUUACUGAGAUCCUAUUCCUGAGCAUUCCUUUCCUGCGUGGGGAAAAGGAUGGACAAGGUCAAUGGAGCAGGAAACCAUUUUCACACCACUGGAUGGAAGAUAGAGGGGCGCAAGAAGGUGUGUGUGUGUGUGUGUGUGUGUGUGUGUGUGUGUGUGUGUGUGUGUGUGUGUGUGUGUGUGUGUGUGUGUGUGUGUGUGUGUGUGUGUGUGUAUUCCUGUUGCAGUGACUUCUGCACUCUCAGAGCUGUGGAACUUGACACACUUCUGUCUCUUUCCCAGCUCAGGAGACAUUCUCUCACCCCUGUGGCAGCAUAGAAAGAGUGGCUUGGUUGAAUACUGUCGCUCCAAACCACACCACUGCACUCGGACUAGAGCUUAACCCCUAGACCAGACUGGGGCUAGAGCUUAACCCUUGGACUAGACUGGGGCUGGGACUAGAGCUUAACCCCUAGACCAGACUGGGACUAGAGCUUAACCCUUGGACUAGACUGGGGGUGGGACUAGAGCUUAACCCCUAGACCAGACUGGGGCUGGGACUAGAGCUUAACCCUUGGACUAGACUGGGGCUGGGACUAGAGUUUAACCCCUAGACUAGACUGGGGCUGGGACUAGACCUUAACCCCUAGACCAGACUGGGACUGGGACUAGAGCUUAACCCUUGGACUAGGCUGGGACUAGAGCUGGGCCAGGAGCCUAGCAGGAGAAGAGGAGGACAUAUAACAUGCUCUUGGCUGACUAAUUUCACAUAUACCACCAAUAUCAGUUCAAAACAAUAUCAAUGGUGGUGAGAGACACUGUAACAGAAAUAUUUGGUCAAUGUAUUAUGUAUUGUGUACUCCUAAAGGAUUAUCUACUUGAACUUGAGUUUAUGUAUAUAGAGAAGUGCAAUGUAUAUACACAGCAAAUUGUUACCAAGUGUUGAUUUUUCAGUGUAACAUUUCUAGUGUAGAUUCAGGUGUUAGUCACUCUAAGUGUUAACUUAAUUACCAGUGUUAAAACAAAACCACACCCUUCAUUAUCAUAUUUCCCAGCAUGCUCUAUUGCAGGAUUUUUUUUUUUUAGAAUUGUUUGUUUCAAUAUCUAUGUUUUUGCAUGUACAUUGGUUGAUUUAAUUCAUCUUAAACUACUCAAAUGUACAUUUGUCUAAACUAAUCAAAUCUGUUACUUGGACUUUUUCUCACCCAUUACUGAAAUGGUGGUUCCAGGUAAUAUGCUUUACGUCAGCGAUUUAAAUCUAGAUUUGCCAAAGAUGCUGUAAUUGGUCUUCAACGGGGCCACUGAAAAUUGGUUGUAUCAGCAAAUUUUUUUUUAUCCCUUUCAGGAUCCUGUCUGUCAAAGAAACUUGUAAAAAUCCAAAUAACUUCACAGAUCUUCAUUGUAAAGGGUUUAAACACGGUUUCCCAUGCUCGUUCAAUGAACCAUUAACAAGUAAUGAACAUGCACCUGUAGAACGGUCGUUAAGACACUAACAGCUUACAGACGGUAGGCAAUUAAUGUCACAAUUAAGAAAACUUAGGACACUAAAGAGGCCUUUCUACUGACUCUGAAAAACACCAAAAGAAAGAUGUCCAUCUGAGUGAACGUGCCUUAGGCAUGCUGCAAGGAGGCAUGAGGACUGCAGAUGUGGCCAGGGCAAUAAAUUGCAAUGUUUGUACUGUGAGAUGGCUAAGACAGAGCUACAGGGAGACAGGACGGACAGUUGAUCGUCCUCGCAGUGGCAGACCACAUGUAACAACACCUGCACAGGAUCGGUACAUCUGAACAUCACACCUGCAGGACAGGUACAGGAUGGCAACAACAACUGUCUGAGUUACACCAGGAACACACAAUCCCUCCAUCAGUGCUCAGAUUGUCCACAAUAGGCUGAGAGAUGCUGGACUAAAGGCUUGUAGGCACAUCACCGGCACAAACCCACCAUCGCUGGACCACACAGGACUGGCAAAAAGUGCUCUUCUCUGAUGAGUCGCGGUUUUGUCUCACCAGGGAUGAUGGUCGGAUUUGCAUUUAUCAUCAAAGGAAUGAGCAUUACACCGAGGCCUGUACUCUGGAGCAGGAUCGAUUUGGAGGUGGAGGGUCCGUCAUGGUCUGGGGGCGGUGUGUCACAGCAUCAUCUGACUGAGCGUGUUGUCAUUGCAGGAAAUCUCAACACUGCGUUACAAGGAAGACAUCCUUCUCCCUCAUGUGGUACCCUUCCUGCAGGCUCAUCCUGACAUGACCCUCCACUGCAUGUCAAUGCCACCAACCAUACUGCUCGUUCUGUGCUUGAUUUCCUGCAAGACAGGAAUGUCAAUGUUCUGCCAUGGCUAGCAAAGAGCCCGGAUCUCAAUCCCAUUGAGCAUGUCUGGGACCUGUUGGAUCAGAGGGUGAGGUCUUGGGCCAUUCCCCCCAGAAAUGUCUGGGAACUUGCAGGUGCCUUUGGUGGAAGAGUGGGGUAAAAUCUCACAGCAAGAACUGGCAAUUAUGGUGUAGUCCAUGAGGGGGAGAUUAAUUAAUGCAGCUGGUGGCCACACCAGAUACUAACUGUUACUUUUGACCUCACCUUUGUUCAGGGACACAUUAUUCCAUUACUGUUACUCAGAAGUCUGUAGAACUUGUUCAGUUUAUGUCUCAGUUGUUGAUUCUUGUUUUGUUCAUACAAAUAUUUACACAGAAAAAUAAACACAGUUGACAGUGAGAGGAUGUUUAUUGUUUUGCUGAGUUUUUUAUACACAAAAGUAUGUGGCGCCCUUUCAAAUUAGUAGAUUAACCUUUUCAGCCACACCCAUUGCUGACAGGUGUAUAAAAUCUUGCACAUUUCCAUGCAAUCUCCAUAGACAAACAAUGGCAGUAGAAUGACCUUACUGAAGAGCUCAGUUACAUUCAACCUGUCACCGUCAUAGAAUGCCACAUUUACUACAAUCAGUUCGUCAAAUGUAUGUCCUUCUAGAGCUGCCCUGGUCAACUGGAAGUGCUGUGAUUGUGAAGUGGAAACCUCUAGGAGCAACAACGGCUCAGCUGCGAAGCGGUAAGCCACACAAGCUCACAGAACGGGACUGUCGAGUACUGAAGCGGGUAACGCGUAAAAAUCGUCACUACUGACUUCCAAACUGCCUCUGGAAGCAACGUCAGCACAAGAGCUGUUCGUUAGGAGCUUCAUGAAAUGGGUUUCCAUGGCCAAGCAGCCACAAACAAGCCAAAGAUCAGCAUGCGCAAUGCCAAGCAUUGGAUGGAGUGGUGUAAAGCUCUCCGCCAUUGGACUCUGGAGCAGUGGAAACACGUUCUCUGGAUGGAUCAAUCACGCUUCACCAUCUGGCAGUCCGACGGACAAAUCUGGAAUGAAACAUUCGACGAGCUGGUGUCCACAUACUUUUGGUCAUGUAGUGUAGCUGGCGAGCUCAUUUGGAAAAUUUCAGUUGAAACUUUACAAGUUGAGGUCUGGGUAUAUUUCAAUAAAUGUAUACAUA